UAAGGGUUGCUUUCGUCUCUGUUUCUGUCGCGGGGCGGGGGGACGAGGCGCGGCAGGAGAGUGGCCCCCAUAAGACCCCGCCCGGCGGGUGACGGCUCUGGAGCGGGCUCUCCAGGGGGCACCUCCGGGGCUGGCUGACGGGGUCCCCUGGGCGCGCGGCCGUGCUGGGCUCGGCCCUGAGUUUAGGGAGCCCCCCUCGCCCGGGGUCCCCAGCGCUGGUGCCGCGGCAGCGCGGGGCGCUCCGCUCAUCGCCGGGGGACUUCGGGCCGCCGGGGGCAGCCCGGCCUCCUGCCGCACGUGUGUUGGGGAAGGGCCUUGGGGGGCGGCUGCAGCCCGGGCGGCGCUCGCGCUCCCCCCGCCCCGUCUCCACCCUACAAGUCCGGCCCGCCGGCGCUCCCGCUGCUGCCGGUGCCUCCCGUUUGGGCUGAGCCAGAGGAUGGCACCUUAGAGGAGGAGCCGCCGCGAUGGCUGCCCCGCUGCCCCAUUUGCCGCGGAGCGCAGGGAGGGCUGCAGAGACGCCGGCUCCCUCCCAGGAGAGCAGCCGGGACUUGGCUCCUUCCCCCUGGCGAGCCCAGCGGGCUCCUCUCAUGCCCCCUGCUGUGCCCCAUUCCCAGGCGGGGCCCCGGCCCGGGCCGGACAGGAUCAAAAAGAAAGAGCUUGAUGUGUUGGCAAUUCCAAACCCUUUUCCUGAGCUAUGUUGCUCUCCACUUUCACCGGUUUUGUCAGCCAGCCUGUUGCCCAAGACAACUUCAAAAAAAAAGCAGGAAUAGCAGUGGUGUUUGCUUAUACUAUUAUUGCUCUGAGUUUUGCAAUAAGGAAGUAAAAUUGACAUCACUCUUGUCAGUUUCACAACUGCCCACAGGAUUUUGAAUGUCAGCCAUGAAACCGAGUGCACACUUGUAAUUUUAAUGCCUGGGGAAGCUCUAAACAGCAGCAGAGGAAGGAAGAAUACAUUAAAUCAACUCAUGUUUGGAAAAUUCUUUGCCAUCAUAAGGGCUAGAAACUUUUUUUAAAGUAAGUUUUUAAACACCUCAUAUUGAAGGCUUAGACCUGUCUCUGCCUUCUCUCAGCAUGUCAAUCUUCCUACUUGAAACUAGUAAAUGGAUUUUUCAAGUCCUGCUUUAACAUGCAAGAGCCCAAGUGCAUAAUGAUGUAGCCCGUCAAGUUGAAAAGUGUUUGUUUUCAUUAGUUAACUUGAUCCUGGGGUUGGUGUAUGAGUUUCAUAUCUUUACUGCUUUUUAUUGCUGUCUAGUUCAGUUAAAGGAUCUUGCCCCAGGACCCAAAUCUUUGGUCCCAUUCCUACUCUUUGUACUAUCUUUUUAUUUCCCAUUUAAGGAGAAAAAUAUUGUGUGUGGUAAAAGCAGUAUCAGUGGAUUAAAAAUCUAGGGACUUCUUCAAAGAUGGAGUUAAAAUAACUAUUUUAUAGGGCUUGAUCCAAUGAUCGGUAAAGGGGUCUUUUCUAUUGAUUUCACUGGGCAUUUGAUCAAACUCAUAAUAUCUGUUUGCUGAGAACACGGAUUCAGAUUUAAACCGUCUAAUACUUUUUUUACAGUAAAGUAUAUCUUCCUUGCACAUGGGUAAACGGAUGUGCAGAGAGCUGAAGUAAUUUGUCAAAGGUUUCACAGAGUAAGUGUCAGAUUCUCUGUGUUAAAAUUCAUGAGUCCAGGUUCCCAGUGGUUGCUUUAGCCACUUAUUUUUAUUCCUUUGUAACAGAGCUCCAGUAUAUUUAAUACAUACACAAACAUUACUGUGACUAUAUUAUAACUCUGCUGAAGUACAUGAAUGUUAGUCUACUGGAAACCUCAAAGCCACCUACAAUAAAGGAAUUCAUUAUCUCACUAAAAAGAAAAACGUAAUUUAUGUUACUGUCAAAUACUUUAUUAUAUAUAAUGCUCAUGGCUAAAGGGUUUUCUCUUUCAUACCUCUGAUCCAGAUAUGUUUUCGCAGACUAUCAUAUUAGACUGCUUCCUUCUCACCUUAAUUUAUUUUCCUGAUGGAUUUAAGCAAUAGAGAUAAGUAAAGGAAAAUUUACAAAGUUAGCUUCUACAUAAGCCAACGUAUCAUUAUCAGCCAAGUAUGUCUCUAAAAGAAAAAUACCUAACAUUAUAAAAAUAAGACCAACUAGAUAUAUACAACAGAACCAUUUCAUAUAUCCGUAAAAUAACUUUUCAUUUUAUCAAACCCUUUUUCUAUGUGAGUCUGACAAACUAUUUUACAAGUACUUGGACCAUUCUGGAGAUGUCUUUGGGUGUCUAAUAGAUUUUUGGGAGGGAUUUUCUGCCUUGUUGGGAGGGAUUUUCCCUAUAAUCUUUGGUCUCAAGAAGGAGAGGUUUAAUUUGACUCCAGUCUCAUGGGCUAUUCAAGAUAUCCAUGGUUUUCCUCUAUUCAUAUGUCACACCACACUACAAGUCAAAGUAAUCAAACACCUUCUCAUGUGGCUUCCAGUUUAAUUCUCUAAUUUGAAAGAGGUUUGAAUUAUUUAUUAGGAUAUUAUCAGACACCUGAUUGGAAUAGACCUGUAUCCCCUAGAUUCAACAAUUGUGUCCUCCUAAUUUGCACAUCAUUUUAUUUAUUUAUUUUCAUAAACCCUUUUAGCUGUCAAAUAUCCAUCACACAGCCUAAUUCAAAUUGUCAGCUCUAUUUUAUUCAUAGUCUUUAGGAUACACCCAGAGAUGGACUUACAACUUAGUCAAAAAUGAAAGAUUGCUUAAAACUAUUACGUUAAGUGUGAACUUUUACUUUCUGAAGCUGAAGUUUACUGUUCUGUUGAUCUUUUGUCUUUGUUUUAAAGCAUUGUCAAACACAACACAGUGCAUGCUGACAGACUAAGACACCUGUUUAAUGGGGCAGACUUGCUGGACUUGAGUUUACGUGGGCUACUAACUUGCUUUUAUAGCAGAAUGAUCAAUUGCCUAUGUGCUUGGGAAGUGGGCCAUCUGUAUUUAAAUGUUAUUCAGUUCUGCGCUGUCAACACAGCUGUCACUCUCCCAUUUCCUCAUACAGUUUGGGAAAGUUUUGCAUUAUGUUGUGAUUGAUUGCAGUCCUGAUAUUAUGGGAACAUUUAUUAGAGCAGAAGUUUGUACCACAGGUGCCUGAAACUUUCUGUUAAAACAUCGAUAUUCUAAUGAACCAACACCAUAUAAACGGAAUAGCUUUUAGUGAACAAACUUAACACUUAAAAUUUGAACAGAUAAAAGUACACCAGAGCUUUGGCUUAAUAAACAAAAAAAGACUCUCUGUACUACAGGACCAGCAGGGUCACAAGUCUUGAGUUCUUUUCAAGUGGUGAAAGAAGGACUGAGAUGGGUAUCCCAGGGA